AUGUUCUGCAUGGGUGUCAACGAGGAUAAGUACGACGGUCAAACCAUCGUUUCCAACGCCUCUUGUACCACCAACGGGUUCGCCCCAAUGGUCUUGGACGAAAACUUCGGUAUCGACGAAGGUUUGAUGACCACCGUCCACUUAAUGACCGCCACCCAGAAGACCGUCGACGGUCCAUCCCACAAGGACUGGAGAGGUGGUAGAACAGCUUCCGGUAACAUCAUCCCAUCCUCCACGGGUGCCGCCAAGGCUGUCGGUAAAGUCUUGCCUCAGUUGCAAGGUAGGUUGACCGGUAUGGCCUUCAGAGUCCCCACCGUCGAUGUCUCCGUCGUCGACUUGACCGUUAAAUUGAACAAGGACACCACCUACGAUGAAAUCAAGAAGGCAUUCAAAAACGCCUCCGAGGGUAAGUUGAAGGGUAUUGUCGGCUACACCGAGGACGCUGUCGUCUCUUCUGACUUCAUUGGUGGCCAACACUCUACCAUCUUCUACGCUUCUGCCGGUAUCCAAUUGGGUCCAAGAUUCGUCAAAUUGGUUUCCUGGUACAACAACGAGUACGGUUACUCUACCAGAGUCGUCGACUUGGUUGAACACGUCGCCAAAUGA